UUUUUUUUGGCUGCUUGGGGCGGCCAAAACCCUGGAGCCGGCCCUGGCCUUCAGGCUUCCAAGUUGAUCACACAUCCAGCUUUGUACUCUGAAUUCUAACCUUGUUUUUGAAAAAAUCUUUUGAUCUCCACUAAAAAAUCCACUUCCUGGAAAGAAAAUCCAGGAAGCCAGACUCCGCCUCUCAAAAGGCAAAUCCUGUAACAUAACACUGGGGAAGAGAAAGGAGCGCAGCUGAUCUUAGAAAACAGCAACUGAAGGACGAAAACUGCUAGAGCCCAGAAGGGAUCCUAGCCUCUGAUCAACGAAAAAGCCUACAACAACCAAACUGAAUACACACCCAGCGUUUCCAGAAUGGAAAAUAAUGAAAAUGUCUUAAGGAGGAAAUUAGAAAUGGUCUGUGGUGUUCCCCUAUUCUGGAGUAUUGUUGAAGAAUGGGCCCAGGUGGAAUCAUUCCAGGCGAGGCCAGAUGACCUUCUCAUUUCCACCUACCCGAAGUCAGGCACAACCUGGAUCAGUGAAAUUGUGGACAUGAUCUAUAACAACGGUGAUACAGAGAAGUGUAAACGGGAUGCGAUUUACGUUCGGGUCCCUUUCAUGGAGCUGAUCAUCCCUGGAAUUUCAAAUGGUGUUGCACAGCUGGCUAAAAUGCCCUCUCCCCGGUUAGUAAAGACCCAUCUUCCUGUUCAACUCCUUCCUGACUCUUUCUGGGAAAACAACUGCAAGAUCAUCUACGUUGCCCGAAAUGCUAAGGAUGUGGCAGUCUCUUAUUACCAUUUCUACCAAAUGGCAAAGAUGCAUCCAGAGCCUGGCACCUGGGAUGAAUUCCUGGAGAAGUUUGUAACUGGGGAAGUUGCGUUUGGACCUUGGUAUGAUCAUGUGAAAGGCUGGUGGGAGAAGAGAAAGGACAAGCCAAUUCUGUACCUGUUCUAUGAGGACAUGAAAGAGGAUCCUAAACGUGAAAUACAAAAGGUGUUACAGUUUCUGGGAAAGGACUUGAAGGAGGAUGUGGUGAAUAAAAUCCUUCAUCACACCUCAUUCCAGGAGAUGCAGAAGAACCCCACUGCCAAUUAUAAGAUGGUAUCAAAAGAUCAUAUGGAUCACAGUGUGUCUCCCUUUAUGAGAAAAGGUAUUGCGGGCGACUGGAAGAAUCACUUCACCGUGGCCCAGAAUGAGGCAUUUGACUCAGAUUAUAAAGAGAAGAUGAAGGGAUCGACACUGCAGUUCCGAACGGAGAUCUGAAGCAGCAGUAGCUUCCUUCCCCCUGGCUUAGGUGUUUAGUUGGCUUAGACAAGAGAGAAAUUGAAAUUAAAUGGUGGCACCAAAGCAAACAGCAA